UCUGCACACUCUUGGAAUGUUUGGCUACUCUCUCAUCUGGGUUUCUACUGUGUAGCUAUGUUUUAUCACUCUGUGGAAUGGGUAACGCAAGCAGUUUGCCGACUGGAAAAAUCCAUGGACCCGUCUACUACAGUACUGUGCAAUUACAGCUAGCUGGACUCUGGACAGCCAAGUCUGAUCCGUCAAGGCAGUCAGGCAGAUACAGAAUAUCAUCGGUUUAAAAUAUUGCAGUAAUCAUGGCUGAUUUUGAGGAAUUCGAAAAACAGCUGAGCGAGAACCGACAGGAGAGAGAGAAGGAGAGCCGCAAGAAGAGGAGCGGCAGUGGGUCUCAGAGCCGCAGUGAGAAACAUCGCAGCUGGAGCAAAGACCGGGGCAACCGGAGCCGAGAGAAGCGAAGCCGCAGUAGAGACAGGAAGAGCCGGGAGCAGAGGAGCACCUCGCGGGAUCACAAGAAGCACAGCUAUUCUCCACGAAGAACAAGGAGGAAACGAACCUGCAGAUACUGGGAUGUGCCUCCCCCUGGCUUUGAACACAUCACACCAUUGCAGUACAAAGCUAUGCAAGCGGCUGGGCAGAUACCCACAAUAGCCCUGCUGGCAUCAUCUGCCAUGAGUGGGUUGGCAGUAACACCCACCCAAGUGCCCAUAGUUGGCAGUCAGAUGACUAGGCAGGCUCGACGUCUCUAUGUUGGCAAUAUUCCCUUUGGAGUAACAGAGGAGUCCAUGGCAGAAUUCUUCAAUGCCCAAAUGAGGCUUGCAGGCCUAUCACAAGCCCCUAGCAUCCCUGUGCUUGCUGUGCAGAUAAAUCAGGAUAAAAACUUUGCAUUCCUAGAGUUCCGGUCUGUCGAUGAGACCACACAGGCCAUGGCUUUCGAUGGAAUCAUUUUCCAAGGUCAGUCGUUGAAGAUAAGACGACCACAUGACUACCGGCCCCUACCUGGCAUUUCAGAGCAGCCUGCUUUUCAUGUCCCAGGUGUCGUGUCCACAGUGGUACCAGACUCCCCACAUAAACUGUUUAUUGGAGGCCUACCCAACUAUCUCAAUGAUGAUCAGGUGAAGGAGCUCUUGACAUCAUUCGGACCACUCAAAGCUUUCAACCUUGUCAAGGACAGUGCCACGUCACUUUCCAAAGGUUAUGCCUUUUGUGAAUAUGUUGACAUCAGUGCGACUGAUCAGGCGGUGGCUGGGCUCAAUGGCAUGCAACUGGGUGACAAAAAGCUCAUCGUCCAGAGAGCAAGUGUGGGAGCCAAAAACGCCAAUCCGACUGCCAUCAUCGAGACCCCGGUGACGCUGCAGGUGCCUGGGCUGCAGGGACUUCAGAACUCUGGGCUGCCCACGGGGGUGCUGUGCCUGCUCAACAUGGUGAUGCCUGAGGAGCUGGUGGAAGACGAGGACUACGAGGAGAUCCUGGAGGACAUCAGUGAGGAGUGCUGCAAGUACGGCAGCGUGCGCUCCAUCGAGAUUCCCCGGCCUGUCGAAGGAGUGGAGGUCCCUGGCUGUGGCAAGAUCUUUGUGGAGUAUGUUUCUACUGCAGACUGUCAGAAAGCCAUGCAGGCCCUCACUGGCCGCAAGUUUGCCAACAGAGUGGUGGUAACCAAAUACUAUGAUCCAGACAUGUAUCACAGACAGGAGUUCUCAGGGUAGAGGGGAAACAGGAGGCAAUACAUGGAAUUAACUGGGACCUCCUCUUUCCUGCUUCCUCAAACCUGGUUUCAGCUCUUCAGUAUCGUGUGUUCUGUCUCCAGUAUUCACAGCUAGUACGUUGUAACCCUAUCCUCAUUUACUACAGUAGUACAGAUUUUUGGGGAAAAAUACUAGAUUUUUACAUGCGUCUUUUAGAUACUCUAACUGAUAUAUUACACCAACAAAAAAUAUCUGUGUGCAGUGAAUGAGUUUAGUCUGAAAUGUAUACAAAUAAAUAAAACCAUGCUAUUUGUGUAGGAUUCCCUUUGCCGAAGUAGUAUGAAUGUCAUGUGUACUUAGAUCUAAAACCAGACUGUAACAUAGCCAGUGUUGCUGUCUUUCUUAACUCUGUAGUCAAUGAGAUGAUACAAAAGUGAAAUGUUUAGAUUUCUAUUCUGAGCACAAGCUGUUUUCUUAUUUUGUCUCUUAACUUAAAGAAUUGUUAAGUCGAGAUGUACCUAUAUUUGAUAGCUAUCAUACUUUCACUGUGUGAUUCUGAGAAGUAACUAACAGUGAAAUGUUAUGGUAUACCCCCCAGAGUCAGAUGAACUUGUGAAUACCAUGUUUAUGUCUCUGCAUCCAGUAUGAAGGAAGUUAGAGGUAGUUUCACGAGCCAAGUACCAUAGACUCCCAGUCAUUGAGCUAACGCUAGUUAGCAACUUCCUUCAAACUGCAUGUAGAGACAUAAAAAUGGUUUCCACAAGUUCAUCUCACUCUAGGGAAGUAGAAAACAAAAUCCUAAAGUUUAAAACUCAAACACCUAAAACUUGUGUUAGAAAAACACUCUCAACACUAAUAAUUACAAACAGUGAACAAAACAAUUGUUUCAACAAAGUCAUGAUUUGGGCAUUUUCACAGCGGUUUAAACCCAUAACCUUGACAUUUUCACAGCGGUUUAAACCCAUAACCUUGACAUUUUCACAGCGGUUUAAACCCAUAACCUUGACAUUUUCACAGCGGUUUAAACCCAUAACCUUGACAUUUUCACAGCGGUUUAAACCCAUAACCUUGACAUUUGCAGAUUGUUUUGUGUUCGUGCUCUGGAUUAAGAAUGUGUCAUUUAGAUUGUAGCAUAAAAUUACAAGGUCACAAAAAUACCAUACUGGCCAUAGAAAUGGAUAUUAUGCAUAGUUUUUUGAAUAAGAAAUAUUUGGUCAUCCUACAGGAAAGGACGAGGAUAUUUUAGAAGAUGUGCUUUCAAUUGAUGUAAAUAAUGUAUGUGUUUUUGUUAUCUGAUGCUUUCGCAAUUGUAUGGAAGAAAAUUGGUUAAUUUAUUUUUACCCAAAGGUUUUUUAAGCUUCAUGAAAAUUGCAGACGUGAGUUGAUCCAACAUUGUCGUCGUAUGACAGUAAUUCAUAUGAUUCAUCAUUACAGUGAGACUACCGUUGAGUGUUUUAUUAUGUACUGUAUAUCACAUACGAUUACAACAAAAACAGUAUGCUUCAUUAUGGGUACAUUGGAAAUCAGCUUUCAACUAAAUAAAUGCAGUUCAUUGAUUCAAAAUAAUUAUAAAUACUGUUUUUGUAAAUGUGGUUUUGAAUGUGCCAAAUCUGAAAGCAUUUUUAUGUACACAUCUAACCUGCCACUGUCAUGUCUUGAAUAAAUGCCUGCAUCUUC